UUUUUUUUUAUACUUAAAUACUUAAACAAAACAUAAAAUGUCUAAUACUGAACUUAAAGAAGUUAUUGGUAAUUCAAAUGAAUGGAUUAAUUGGAUUGAUGAAUCUAUUGAGAAAGAACAAAUUAAAUAUUACGAUUAUAAAUAUUUUAAUAAUAUUCAAGAAAUUGGUUCUGAAAGUAUUGGAAAGGUCUAUCGCGCAAAUUGGAAAAAUUCUAAUGAUUAUUUAACGUUAAAAUCUUUUUUUAAAUUUGAUAUCACGGCAAAGGAAAUUGUUAAUGAAUUUAAACUUCAGCGUGAAGUGGAUUUUCAUGAAAAUAUAAUUCAUUUUUAUGGUAUUACAACAGAAAACCAAAGUGAUAAUUCAAAAAAAUAUUUGAUAGUGAUGGAAUAUACCGAUAGUGGUACCCUUCGAAAUUAUUUAAGUGAACGUUUUGAAAAUCUCACUUGGAAUGAUAAAUUAAAUCUGGCAUUUCAAUUAGCUGAUGCUAUAUCAUAUUUACAUGAUAAAGAAAUCAUGCAUCAUGAUUUGAAUUCAAAUAAUAUUUUAGUUCAUAAGAAUACAAUCAAAUUGGCUGACUUUGGAUUGUCAAAAAGGAUUAAAAAAUUACUUAAUCUAAACUUAUUUGAAAUGGUCGCCUACAUUGAUCCACAAAUGUUUAAUAGAAAAGAUGACAGCAAUAACCAAAUACAAGUAUAUUCAUUAAAUAAAAAGAGCGACAUAUACAGUAUUGGCGUACUUUUAUGGGAAAUAUCUAGUGGACGACCACCUUUUUAUAACAAACCAGAUGUUGUUGAUUUGGCUACAGAAAUAUUACAAGGUCUCAGAGAAUCAUCUGUUCCAAAUACACCCAAAGAUUAUGUAAAAAUAUAUACUGAUUGUUGGAAUAAUGAACCGGAUGAUCGUCCAAAUAUCAACAAAGUUGUUACUAAAUUAAACGUAAUUAUUUCUAAUGUAGAAGAUAUUCAAUUAUCAAGUGAACUACUUAAAUCAAAUAUUGAAGUACCUGAAAAUACUAUUAUUAAUGGGAAAAUAUCUCAAAUUAUUCAAAAUUUUAAUAAGAUAAAUGUAAAAGAAAUAAAACCUUCAAUUUCAUCAAAUUUAAUUAUAGAUGAUUUUGAAUUAAUAGUUAUUGAGAUGAUUCUUCUUCUUGAAAAUAUAGUAAUAGAAAGAAAAAAAUAUGAAAUUAUUAUUUAUCUUAAUAAUCAUAAUAUAACUACAAAAGAAAUUUAUAAUUGGUUAUUAAAUGAUCAGAAUAAUUCAAAUUCAAUUUUUUUACUUGGAGUAUUUAAUCAUUUUGGUAUUGAAAUUAAUAUUAAUAAUCAAAAAGCAUUUGAAUUAUAUCAAAAUGCAGCAAAUUUAGGAAAUGUAUUUGGAAUAACUAGUUUAGGAUAUUGUUAUAAUAAAGGUGUUGGAACUAAUAUUGAUGAACAAAAAGCAUUUGAAAUGUAUCAAAAAGCUGCAAAUUUAGGAAAUCCACGUGGAAUGAAUAAUUUAGGUACUUGUUAUAUAAAUGGAUUUGGUUCUAUUAUUGAUAAUAAUAAGGCAUUUAAAUUAUAUGAAGAAGCUGCAAGUUUAGGAAAUAUACUUGGAAUAAGUAAUUUAGGUUAUUGUUAUGAAAAUGGUAUUGGAACUAAUAUUAAUGAACAAAAAGCAUUUGAAUAUUAUCAAGAAGCAGCAAAUUUAGGUGAUAAUGAAGCUCAAUAUUAUCUUGCUUUAAUGUAUGAAAAUGGUGAAGUGGUUAAAAUGGAUAUAAAUCAAGCAAUUUAUUGGUAUAAUAAAUCUGCUGAACAAGGAGAUCUAGAUGCUCAAAUUAAAUUAAAUGAAUUAUUACUAGAUUUGUAAAAUUUUUAAAAAUUACAGGUUUAUAAUAAAUUAAAAGAUAUUUAGCCAUCUUGACAAAUUAUUAUAUCUGACAUGAUGUCUAGAAAUCAACCGGUAUGAUGUCAUCAUGAUUUCGAUGGUUUGCGAUUAGGAUCCACUUUAUUAUUCUUCAUAUAAUUUUUAAAUUAUAAAAUUUUUUUUGAAAGUGUGGGCUGGAAUUUUAGGUCGUUAAUAGUUUAAUACUAUCUGGUUAAAAGUUGUUUGCUAACUUUUAUAUCUAUAAUUUAUAAUUAUGAGUUUCCACGCUUUCUAAAAAUCAACUCCACAGGUUUGGACAAUUUUUUUGUAAUAACAUGAUUUUUAACCCUUGGUUAUUUAUACUUAUUAAACCGUAUAAAAAAACCCUCUUUUUAUUAUAUUUAUAAAAAAUUUGACCUUUUUCUUUAUUAAAAU